AUGGAGUACAGAAUGGGCACCCUGGAUUCGGAUGAAGAGUUCGGUGUUGCUCAUGGCGUGAAUCUCAUUCAGGCCGCCUUGAAUAUGCUGCAUGGGAGCUUGGACGUUGAAUUCAAGUUUGUCUCAGCUGCCCACUCACGCAUCCAGGACGAGACAGAGGACAGGGUAAUCACUGAUCCUAGUGUGAAUCAGCUGUUGGACCCACAGAAGCUUCCCCGGCCCCGUUUUGCCUAUAUCCCGAAGUUGCGGGUAACCCUGGUACCUCGCACAGGGAGGCUGCUGGUGUCGAAGAGAGACGCUCGUAUCCGGCUUCAUGCACAGCACCUAUGGGGUUUGGUCCUAGCGCAGGCGGAGACGAAGGCGGCCUUUUGCGGACCUACUUGGCUCUCGCGGGCGGAGCAGGUUUAUGGCUGGCUUGAUGAUCUACGGGGUCGCAAGGUGCGUGUCACAACCUUGCCGGAUGUCAUUUGGUGUGAGUUGAUGACAGCCGCAUUGUUGUUGCCCUAUGCGCAGUUCAACUUGUCAGCGCCGUUUAGCCAGAGAGUUGAAUGCAGUGAUGCCUCAAUGUCAGGCAUCGGGCGAGCAUGGGCCACCAUGCCAAGCGAUCUAGUGCAGCGAAUGGCUCAGCUCUGUGACCACCCAGGGACAUACACGAAUUUGAAUCUCCCCUUUGGGUUAGCCUUGAACGAAGAAGACAAGUGUCCACUACGUAAGUUGAAACUGCCCCGCAACCUCUUCCAUUGGCACACG